AUGUAUGCUAAGUUCAGAAAAAACAGUUUUUGGCAGCGGAAUGUUGGUUUCCUUGGUCACAUUAUCUCAGAGGAGGGGGUGUCUGUGGAUCUUGAGAAGAUUAAGGCCAUCAGAGAUUGGCCAAGGCCGACGAAUAUUACCGAGAUCCGGAGUUUUCUCGGGUUAGCAGGUUAUCACCGAAAGUUCGUUAAGGGUUUUGCGAGUAUGGGUCAAGCGAUGAUUAAGCUGACGAGGAAGGAUGUUUAUUUUGUGUGGUCACCGGAUGGUUUUUGCCUUGAAGAUUUGGACAUCUUAUCUUUAAGGCAAGAAAGUCCAGGUUAUGAAGGAUCAUCAAAGGCUGAAGUAUAUCUUUACGCAACCAGAGUUGAAUCUGAGGCUAAGGCAGUGGAUGGAGUUCGUGCGGAUUAUGAUUUUGAUUACUUACCAUCUUGGAACUUUUAA